GCAGGUCUGAUGGCUGCAGCUUAGGAGUAUAGAAGAAUAUAUAUAAAUAAACAGUUGCCAUCCAAAUGAGGAAGUUUCUAUGGUUCCUAACAGCCUAGAUAUCUGCACAUUUUUGGAUAUUGCAUUUUUAUUAAUUGCAGCACCAAACUGACCUCGUAAUUUUUAAUAUUGAAUUUUUUUGGUGAGGCCACCUUUGUUGCCAAAUCUUUUUACCGUUUUCCUAUUGAUAUUAAAUACAUCUUUCAUUUCUUUUCUAUUGGCCUAACAUCUAUAAUUGAGCAUUUAAAUACCGAGGUGGGGUGCGUGGUAGGCACAGAUAUGUACACUUUUGCAGCAUUGUUGUUUGGCUUGCUGAAUUGAAACAUUUUGUGGAUGGAAUAGCAAAAUCUACUUUUUGGUCCAAGGUGUCCUUAAUGUAAUUUCUUCGGCCUUUCUGUUCGAAUAAGAUUCCCAUUCUCAAUUUGCAAGUUAUUCUUAUCAGCACAGAAAUAGCAAAGCAGUGCAGCCAAGAUACCUUCAGUAGCUAUUAAUUGAUUGGACAAAACCACCAAGCUUUAAUUGAGGGCUUGUAGAAAGCCAAGUUCAAUUUGCAGUCAACCUUUCUGACAGUAAAACAGACCAGACGAUUCUGAUAAGUUUGGCACCAGUUUUAUGAUGUGUAGAAUCAAAACUAGAAUUUCAAACCUCAUGAAUACUUAAUCAGCUUUCCAGAAAUGUUUCUGAAAUCACAGCAUUUUCUAGAUUCUGGCCAGACAAGAAUCGGCAUGACAAAAGAAAGUGAGAUGGUUGCAGAAACCACCAACAUUGCUGUUGUCUCUUCUGAUUCCUCCAUGGUUGUCACUUUGCCAGUUACUACUGUAACAGCAGCCAGUGCAGCUGAAUUGUUGGAAGGAUGCGUCAAGAUGGAGACGCUUGAUGAGACAGAUAUUGGAAAGCAUGCAGCAAUAUCCUCAGUGAGGGCAAGUCAUGCUACUCUUCAGUCAUUGCUGGCAGCUCCCAUCUCAGCUGCUCGAGUCAUCACACAGCCUGAGACGAUCCAGGUCAUCACCUUGCCAACAAGUUCAGAACUCAUUACCACCAGCCAACCAGAUGGAGCAGGGCGAGUUUGGCAAGUGGUACCAAGUGUUGGCAACCCUGAGUUUGCCACCAUCAUUGCUGUAGCUGAUCCAUCAGAACUAAUCCAUGCCACAAAAGGAGAUAUUGCAGGUGUAGAGAGCAUCAGCCUUGAUAUACAUGACGGCACAAGUGACCUUGCAGUGUCCACAGCUGAUGGUAUAGCUGCUAUCUUGAUGCCACCUCCCCAAACGCCUGCAAGUACAUUUCCACAGAGCAUUCCUUCUUGGGCAGCUCGUCUAAAUAACUGUGAGAAAAUUGGGGAGAGUUAUCGUGGCUAUGUGGAAACAGAGGGAGAACUUGAUUUAGUGUUAACAUAUCAUAAGCAGCAAACACAAAGCUUCUGGGGGACACGACAGUCUCCCAGUCCAGCCAAACCCUCCACUCGUCUCAUGUGGAAAUCUCAGUAUGUGCCCUUUGAUGGGAUCCCCUUUGUCAAUGUGGGUAGUAGAGCAGUAGUAAUGGAAUGCCAGUAUGGGCCACGGCGAAAAGGCAGCACCAACAAGCGUUACCAUGACUCCAACCACAUUAUGCAGUAUCGCCAGACCUGCCCUGCCAGGAUAUAUAUAAAGAAGGUUCGCAAGUUCCCCAACUACAGUGUUGAUCUGCAACAGGAUAAGAAGUCUUUGCGAAUGGCCAUGGAUAAAGCAUUCCAUGAACUUCGGGAACGACGCUUAGAUGCUUGGGGUCAAGAGAGAUAUUAUGUUCAGCUGCCAACAGAGAAAGCUCAUGAAUUUCAUGAUGAAGACCACCGGAAUGUAGACAAGAAACCAGAGUUCAGGUUAGAUGUCAUAGGAGGUGAUGUAGUCAACAACAGUGACUUCAUAGAAUCUGAUGUAAGGCUGCACCCGAAGGUUGUCCACAAAAUUCGAGGUCUGGUAGCAGGAGGAGAGACUAGAGUUUAUGCAGUGCGUAAGCAGUUAAGAGCAUAUGUUUUACGGGAGAUGUUUGCAGGAUCUGACUCUAUACCAGAACGACAUGAUCUCACACUCUUCCCAACUGUCAAUGACUUGAAGAACCACAUCCACCAAGCCCUCAAGGACAUUGAGAAUGGAAGCCUGCCUGUUACAGCCUCAACAGUAAAUGUGGAGAUUCUUUCUGGGGAAAAUGGUGAUGGAACAGGAACAGAAAUGGAAGAAGGGGAGGAAAGGCAGACAACUUUGCUUGGCAGAGGACUUGGUUCAACUCUACCGAUACCUGAAACUGUGACAGUUACACUAACUCAAAAUCCAGAUGAGGAGGGCCAUCAUAUUAUCUCAAGAAUUGAGACUCACCUAAGUGAUGGAACAACUCAGGUGAGCACUACAUUAACACCCGAAACAGCGCAACUUUUGUCCAAGCUUCACCCAGGUCUUUUUCCUGAAGGCACCCUCUUGCAGCUAUGGAAGUUCCCAGUCCAGUAGUCAGGAUCUGUCUCCUGCCUCAGUCUUGACAAUAAAUGACAGUUCAACCCUUGCCCACACAACAGACAGCCUCAAUACUGUGGUGGCUGCUUCAGGGGACAAAGGAGGGGUAAUAGAAUCUGCUGGUGAGGGUGAGGAGAUGCAGAUCAUCAAUCCUGAUGAAGCCUGCUCUCAAAUCCUUCCACAUUCCAGCAUGGGGGUUCAGGCUGAUGUACCUGUGCAGAUAACUGGAUCUGCAGCAGAAGAUGAAUGUUCAGAGGAUGGAAGCAAGGAGAGGGAUGAAGAAGAAGAGGAGGGAGUGUUGGUUGGAGAUGCUGACAUGAUCACUAUUGCUAUGUCCGAUGACAACCAAAUGGUUCUUACAACAUCUGUGACAGAAGCAUUUUAGUCUCAGGGAGAACCACUAGUAAAGGAGACAAGACUCAAGUCUCAGUUUCACUGGAAGCUGAAUACAUCAGCUGCGCAAGUGUCAUCUGGGGAAUCUGGUGUUACUGUGCUCAACAUUCAUCCUUAUUUUUCAGAACUGCUUAAACUCCAAAGCUUUGUGUAUUUUCCUGUGCAAUACAUGAAGACCUUGACCCAGAGGCAUGGAAUUGCUCAGCAGUUGUACCUCUGUACCAGCACUGUAUAGUAUUGUGUACAUCAUCGUCAGUGUGAACUGGUGUAAUUUUGUAAAAUUGUGUCUGGGCUAAAGGUCAGAUCAGGAAACUAUUUUAGUACACUUGUGCUAUCAUCUGAUCCCUACUCAGCCAUCUUUUCUGUUGAAUAUUUUCUCAGCAUACUUGGGCACCUCAUCAUUACCUUUAUCAUCCUAUCGACAUUCAUUCAAAAUGAUAUCCUUUCGUAAAUGCUAGCAUUUACAGCAUGUUUGGAAAGGUGUCGGUAAAGCUGGCAUAAGUUUUGCUCUCAUUGUUUAGUAUUAAUAUUUAUUUUCUGAAAGACAGUUCUGUGUUCUGUUGGAAUUUCUGUUUACAUUACAUAGUAUUAGUAUGCCUGCUUGCGAGUCUGUGGCAUAAAAUAUGGAAGUUCACUGCAGACCAUUCAGUAAAUGCUUAAAUUGUGAUUUGGUAAUACCUACCAGGUUAGUUUUAUGCUUCCUGCUGUAUAUAUGAUAAUGUUUGCAAAGUUUCAUUAUUAAUGAUUUCCAUGAAAGAUACAGAUUUGCAUGCAAAAAUAUUGCAUUAUUUUUGCUGCUUACAAAGCUCACAGACCCAUCAUUUGAGCUUUGUAAAGUAUUUUGAGUUGUGCUUCUCAUAUUAGUAUACAUUUAUUAACUGACAAUUUAAGCCGUCCCUUCUGUCCUUUUUAUGCUUUAUCUAUUUGCUGGUUUCACAUAAUUUAAAACAUUAAAUGCAAGUGGUGUUAGAGAAGUAGGCUGCCUGACUUGGUUCUCCUAUGAUUUUCUGUAAGUUAAAAGAGAUUCCUCCCACACCUCACCAAGAUUUCAGCUGAUUGCAUCUAAUGUCUUGAAGGGGUUAUUAUUACUAACACACUAAUAAGCCUGUGGUUUGCACAGAUUUCUAUGACAUUCAGGUUUUUGUUGCAUUAUUGUUAGAUUUAUUUUGUACCUUUAUUCUAAUGUCUGCAUCCACUCUUUUGUUUGCGUUUUCCUUGUUUUUUCUUUUUUUUUUGUUUGAGAGGUUUGGGAUGUCAGUAAGAGCUGUGAUUCAUCUUUAUAAUAUUUGGUUCGAGGAUAUGUCUGCUGACUCAGUACCUGUACUAUUAUAGUUUGAAGACCUUAUAAGAUGCAUUUCUUGUCUUUCUGCCUACUUCUUUGUCUUUUGGGAAAGGGAACAGCCAAACAAAUACAAGUAUUUUAGAUUUCUAUAUGCUUUUGUGAGGUUUGCAAACGCAGAACAUUGUUGGGAUAGUUCAUGUAGAAAGGAUACCAAAGACUGUGGUUAGUUAUCAGCUCUUCCUACAACUUUUUGCCAACUAUUCUGUAACAGGAGAUGAAUAAUUUUGUUCAAGAAACAAAAGUUGAGCUGCAGUAUAAAAAAAAAAAACCUUACAAGUUGGACGAAGGUUUUAUUGUGAUGGAUUGUCUAACAUCACUUCAAAGUGGAAGCUAUUUAGCUGAGGUGUCAGACAGAGAGCUGCACUGCACAGAUAUUGAACCGCCAUGCCUCUCAGUUUGGAUGCCAGUUUCUAACUAUUCGGCUCUCCGCUCUCUCGCAAGUGGAAUCCUCAAAUUGAUUGAUAGCAUUUUGCUAGUGAUUGGUGGUAUCACUCUAAGACUGAACUCCAGCUUGUGAUACAGGUUAAUCUCAAGAUUUUUAUGCAGAAAUGUUCAGAAGUAAAAAUGUUUUGACUGAAGCAUAUCUCUUUAUACACACAAACAUCAUCAGUUAAGAUAAUGGAGAAUGCAUGGCACUUUGUAUGUUUCAGAACUAAGAAGGAUCAUGGCACAAAAGUACAAUUAUCUGUGCAGUGCAUCCAGCAGUUUGUCCAUAAUAUUGAAAUGUUUGCUGAAAUAGCAAUAUAAAGAGUGUAGAAACAGUUAAAGAUCCAUGCUAUACAAGAGAUCCAUCAGUGAAUAGCUGUGACUAAAAUGGCAUUGAUCUGGCAGCAAGAGACAAUACCCUGUGACAGUGCAGAGUAGCUAUGAUUGUGAAACUAUUUGUGAUGUACAUGUACAUAUUUUUCCAAUCACAAGUGAGACUUUCAUAUGUUUCGCAGUUUUAUUUAGUGCAUGUGCAGCAACCACAGACUUUACAGAACGGGUUUUUUGUGUUGGAGUCUCUCACUGCUGGACACUGAGAGGGUCUGACAAUUUAAGUUUUAUUACAGAGGAUACUGCAUGUUGCAGGGCUCAUGUAACAUUUUGUUGUAUAUUUGUGAUAAGAAUCAAUUAAAAAAGACUGGACCAUGAAUCAAGUGGUUGUAUAUAAAAAUAUGUAUAUUGAUGUA